AUGUCGCCGAGGGCCACCCGCCACCUCCUGCUGCUGGUGGCGGCGCUGGUGUCGCCGGUGUCGCCGAUCCACGUGUACACGCAGCGCGAGGUUUAUGGCACCGUGGGCGCCAGUGUCACCCUGUCCUGCAGCUUCUGGUCCAGCGAGUGGAUCUCGGACGACAUCUCCAUCACCUGGCACUUCCAGGCCGAGGGCACCCGCGACAGCAUCUCCAUCUUCCACUACGCCCAGGGCCAGCCCUACAUCGACGACGUGGGGAGCUUCAAGGAGCGCAUGGAGUGGGCGGGGAACCCGCGGCGCCGCGACGGCUCCAUCGUCAUCCGCGACCUGGAGCCCGGCGACAACGGCACCUUCACGUGCGACGUCAAGAACCCGCCCGACAUCGUGGGCAAGUCCUCGCAGGUCACGCUCUACGUGCUGGAGAAAGUGCCCCCGCGCUACGGCGUGGUGCUGGGCUCUGUCAUCGCCGGGGUGCUGCUGCUGGUGGCCGUGCUGGUGGCCCUGGGCUACGCCGCGCGCUCCUGCUGGCGGCGGCGCCAGGCGCGGCUGCAGCGGCGCCUCAGCGCCAUGGAGAAGGGGAAGCUGCAGCGCUCGGGCAAGGACGGCUCCAAGCGCAGCCGGCAGGCCCCCGUGCUCUACGCCAUGCUGGACCACGGCCGCAGCUCCAAGAAGCCCAAGGGAGGCGCGGGCGAUUCUCGCAAGGACAGGAAAUAGCGGUUAGCGGGCAGGGGGGGACCCCCGGGGACAGCGGGCUCGGGGGACCCCCGGCCCCCCAAAGUCAUCAUGACCAUCGAGAUGGAGCUGCGGGGGGAGCCCCGGGGGGAGCCCCCGCCCGCCGCCCGCUCCCCGAGCCGGGGCAGCCUCGGGAGCGCCCUGCUCAGCAUCGUCAAACCCAACUCGGGGGGCUCCUGAUCCCCCCCCCGCUGUGACCCCCAGGCUCGGGACCCGGCGAGGAGCGGGGUGUGGUCCUCGCCUCGGGUCCCCCGGCCUUGGGGACAGCGCUGGGGACAACCCUGGGGACACCUGGGGUCCCCCCCCACCGCCCUCCCUCGGUCGCUCCCCGCCCCAGCUCCGGGCGAGGAGGGAAUUUCUCCUUUUUGAGCACAAAAGCGGCGGGUUUGGGGUCGGUGCCCCCUCCCCGGGACCCCCGUGGGGCCGUGUCACCGCCGCGUGUCCCCUCCCCGCACUCGGGGGGGGGGGUUUCUCUGCCCACCCCCCUCCCUAAUUUUUCCUCCUUUUCUGGCCGUUUUCUCGUCUCUCCCCGCGACCGAUCCCAAAUGACGUCGCAGGGUGUCCCCUCCUGUCCCCCCCAUUAACCCCCGCACCCCAUAACCCCCGGGACCCCCCCCCAAAAUCCGGCCGGAGCCCCGCGGAGGGGGCGAGGCUGCGGCCGGGCCGCCCCCCUUCCCCGCCCCGUUUUUCUACUCCCUGUCCCUGUCCCCUCCCUGUCCCCUCCCUGUCCCCGUGGUGCCAUUAAUAAACUGACGCGUCCG